CUGUGGUGACGGGGGAGGAAAUUCUGUCCGUAGCGAGGCGUGUUCGUGGACUGUGGUGAUGGACUGGUAACUGUCGGCGCCAGCGUUUGGCGACGCCAGUGGAAUUCUUUCAGGAGCUUAGCGUGGGUCCGAUUCGUAUCGCAGGGGAACUAUAAGGGGUCCGUGAUAGGGUGUGUGUGUGUGUGUGUGUGUGAGAUCGGGGUACCUCUGGGACCAGUCACAGGGUCCUCGUGUGGUUUGUGGUUAACGAUCUCUAGAGAUCAGCUACUGAGUGCCCAAGUCACAUUCUGGUGUCUUUGCUGUUGUCCUUUGGCGGGGCUCAGUGAUUGCGAACUGGAGGGUUUGUUUUGUCAGCGAAUCGGUUUAUGGUUCAGGUUUUGUUUGGGACUAAAUGAUUGAAGAACUGUCUUGGGGGUUAAGGUACGGAGGUUUCUGAUCCAGGUUUUGGAAUUAAUCCUGGUGGCGGUGGUGGUAGCGCCAGAGAUUCCGAUGUGGGCGGCAGCUCUGCAGGCCUGGGAACCAUGGCAGGUGGUGGGUUAGCCCCAGCCCUGGCUGCUGGAACAGAAUUGAUGCUCAUUAGCAUUCCCCUUCUGCCCAAGACCCUUCUCCACGACUGGUUUUUAAAUCCCCUUUGGCACCUUCCAUCACCCCUUGGUCUUGAAUCCUCAGAAAUGGAAGUUUUUGGCGAGAUCAAUCAUCUAGCAUACCUAAAAGUAGUAUGUUUUAUAUUUAAGAUGCGGCUUCUACCCUUUGUCCUGCAAGUUUCCAGCGUAUCCUCUUGGAUAUUUCUUUUCAGGUUCUUUCUGACACAAGUAAGAUAACAUCUCUGCCAUGAAUACUUUGCAAGUAUCAAGAUGUGGAUGGCGGCCAGACGCAGUGGCUCACGCCUGUAAUCCCAGCACUUUGGGAGGCUGAGAUGGGUGGAUCACUUGAGGUCAGGAGUUCAAGACCAGCCUGGCCAACAUGGUGAAGCCCCGUUUCUACUAAAAGUACAAAAAGCUGGGCAUGGUGGCAUGCACCUGUAAUCCCAGCUUCUCAGGCGGCUGAAGCAGGAGAAUCGCUUGAACCCAGGAGAUGGAGGUUGCAGUGAACAGAGAUCAUGCCAUUGGAGUCUUACUCACUCCAGCCUGGGCAACAGACCCACAGGUGCUGAGAACAAGAGAAAUCAAGUGAAGGAAGGAGGCGGAGUUUCCAAGACUUGUAUGCCAUCAUUUCUGGGGACAUCCUUGAGUGGAGAUUGAAGUUUUUGAACAGAAAUUUAGAGCUGAUUCAGAAGAGACAAAUACAGAACGUCCAAGUUGGCAGUCAUUUCCCAAAUUUAGGAGACAAUGAUGCAGGCCCAGGAAUCCCUAACACUGGAGGAUGUGGCUGUGGACUUCACCUGGGAGGAGUGGCAGUUCCUGAGCCCUGCUCAGAAGGACCUGUACCGGGAUGUGAUGUUGGAGAACUACAGCAACCUGGUGGCAGUGGGGUAUCAAGCCAGGAAACCAGAUGCACUCUCCAAGUUGGAACGAGGAGAAGAACCUUGCACAACAGAAGAUGAAAUCUACACUCGAAUCUGUUCUGAUUCAGGAGGUGCAUCAGGAGGUGCAUAUGCAGAAAUCAGGAAAAUUGAUGAUCCUCUGCAGCAUCACUUGCAAAAUCAAAGUAUUCAGAAGAGUGUGAAACAGUGCCAUGAACAGAAUAUGUUUGGAAAUAUUGUUAAUCAGAACAAAGGUCAUUUCCUGCUGAAGCAAGAUCAUGAUACCUUUGACUUACAUGAAAAACCUUUAAAAUCAAAUUUAAGUUUUGAAAACCAGAAAAGGAGCUCUGGCCUAAAGAACUCUGCUGAGUCUAAUGGAGAUGGGAAAUCCCUUUUUCAUGCUAACCAUAAACAAUUUUAUACUGAAAUGAAGUUUCCUGCAAUUGCAAAACCUAUUAAUAAGUCCCAGGUCAUUAAGCAACAGAGAACUCACAACAUAGAGAAUGCCCAUGUAUGCAGUGAAUGUGGGAAAGCCUUCCUCAAGUUGUCUCAGUUUAUUGAUCAUCAGAGAGUUCACACUGGAGAAAAAGCUUUCUCCAGAAAAUCCAGGCUAAUGGACCAUCAGAGAACUCAUACAGAACUGAAACAUUAUGAAUGCACUGAAUGUGACAAAACCUUCCUCAAGAAAUCACAGCUCAAUAUACAUCAGAAAACUCAUAUGGAAGAGAAACCUUACACAUGUACCGAAUGUGGGAAAGCCUUCAUCAAGAAGUGUCGGCUCAUUUAUCAUCAACGAACUCAUACAGGAGAGAAACCCCAUGGAUGCAGUGUAUGUGGGAAGGCCUUCUCUACAAAGUUCAGUCUCACUACACAUCAGAAAACUCAUACAGGAGAAAAACCUUAUAUAUGUAGUGAAUGUGGAAAAGGCUUCAUUGAGAAGAGGCGUCUUAUCGCACAUCAUCGAACUCAUACUGGUGAGAAACCCUUUAUAUGCAAUAAAUGUGGGAAAGGCUUCACCUUGAAGAACAGUCUUAUCACACAUCAGCAAACUCAUACAGAAGAGAAAUUAUAUACAUGCAGUGAAUGUGGAAAAGGCUUUUCAAUGAAGCACUGUCUCAUGGUACAUCAACGAACUCAUACUGGAGAGAAACCUUAUAAAUGCAAUGAGUGUGGAAAGGGCUUCGCUUUGAAGAGCCCACUCAUCAGACAUCAGCGAACACAUACUGGAGAGAAACCCUAUGUGUGCACCGAAUGUCGAAAAGGUUUCACCAUGAAGAGUGACCUCAUUGUACAUCAGCGAACUCAUACUGCAGAGAAGCCAUAUAUAUGCAAUGAUUGUGGAAAAGGCUUCACUGUGAAGAGCCGCCUUAUAGUGCAUCAGCGAACUCAUACUGGAGAAAAACCCUAUGUAUGUGGUGAGUGUGGAAAAGGCUUUCCAGCAAAGAUCCGGUUAAUGGGACAUCAACGAACUCAUACAGGAGAGAAACCUUAUAUUUGCAAUGAGUGUGGAAAAGGCUUCACUGAGAAGAGUCAUCUCAAUGUACAUCGGCGCACUCAUACAGGAGAGAAACCCUAUGUAUGCAGUGAAUGUGGCAAAGGCUUAACUGGGAAAAGCAUGCUCAUUGCACAUCAGCGAACUCAUACUGGGGAGAAACCUUAUAUAUGCAAUGAAUGUGGAAAGGGCUUCACCAUGAAGAGUACUCUUGGUAUACAUCAGCAAACUCAUACUGGAGAGAAGCCAUACAAAUGCAAUGAGUGUGAUAAAACCUUCAGGAAGAAGACAUGCCUCAUACAACAUCAGCGAUUUCACACAGGAAAGACUUCCUUUGCAUGUACUGAAUGUGGAAAAUUCUCUUUGCGCAAAAAUGAUCUUAUUACACAUCAGAGAAUUCACACAGGAGAGAAACCGUACAAAUGCAGUGACUGUGGGAAAGCCUUCACUACAAGAUCAGGGCUCAAUGUUCAUCAAAGAAAACAUACAGGAGAGAGGCCCUAUGGAUGCAGUGAUUGUGGGAAAGCUUUUGCCCACUUGUCUAUCCUUGUUAAACACAAGAGAAUUCACAGGUAGUCAUUUUGGGAAAGCCUUUUGCCAGAUGUAGGCCCUUAAGAUAUCUGCAAAGAAGAGUAAUUUCAUGAAUGCAGACUACAUGGUUGUUUAUUUAGUGAUCAAUUACUUCAUGUUUUGUGUCAGAGAAAACAUGUACAAAACAUUUGAGAAAAUAUUUUAGGACAUUAUGUCUAAAAAUUGUAUACUGAGAAAAAUCCUAUGAAUGUGGCAGACUAUGAAAGCCUUUGGUGGGAAGAUAAACCCCCUCAGAAGUGAUCAUAGAUCAUGAAUAAACUACUAAUUCGUGGAAAUGUAAUAAUUAUAAGAAAGUCUUUGCCCAAAAAUAAAACCUCAAUAGAUUGAGAGAGUUCACACUGGAGAAAUACUUUCCUCUGGCAGUGAAUAUGGCAGGGUUUUCAGUAAAAUGUUUUGCCUCAUCAUGUGCUAUGAAAUAAUGCAGAAAAAAAACUUAUGAAAACAUUCAAUGUAGAAGACUUUUAGGAAAAUAUCAGAGAAUUUAAUGAGGAAAGAAGCCUUGGCAAAAUGAUGGAUGAGAGCUUUCUGUCACAAUUCUAACCUUAACAGAUAAUAUGCCUCAUGUGCAUUUGGGAACAGGAUACCUUGAGCCAUAUUCCUAGUUGCCUUGUCACUAAUUUUAUACAUUUUAAAUUGUGACUUUUUCUAAUCACAAACUAAAAUUUAAUAUUGCAUAUAAUACAGGAGUAUUUUAUGCCUGCCUCUUAUUAUUAUAUGAUUAGCUCCUGCAUUUCUUUGGUUCUAAGUUUGUGUUAUUUCAGAAUAACUGAAGUACUUCAGAAUGAAACUGGAUACAGUAUAUUCAAUUCAUAAGUGUAAUUGACCAUACUUGAAUGUGUUUAAGUUUAUAAGUAACAUCAGGUGUUAUGAAAUUAAUAUAAAUAAGAUGUUUUUGUAAGUUUUUAUUUUGAAAUAAGUUUAGAUUCACAAAAUCUUACCAAAAUAUUCCAGAGUUCUUGAGUGCCCUUAACCCAGCUUCUUCCAAAGAUAACACCUUACAUAAGCAUAGUUCAUCACCAAAUACAGGAAAGUGAAAUUGUUACAAUACUGUUAACUACAGAAUUUAUUUGGAAAUUACCAGUUUUUUUUUUUUUUUUUGAGACAGAGUCUCGCUCUGUCGCCCAGGCUGCAGUGCAGUGGCGCGAUCUCGGCUCACUGCAAGCUCCGCCUCCCGGGUUCACGCCAUUCUCCUGCCUCAGCCUCUCCGAGUAGCUGGGACUACAGGCGCCUGCCACCACGCCCGGCUAAUUUUUUGUAUUUUUAGUAGAGAUGGGGUUUCACCAUGGUCUCGAUCUCCUGACCUCGUGAUCCGCCCGCCUCGGCCUCCCAAAGUGCUGGGAUUACAAGCGUGAGCCACCGCGCCCGGCCGGAAAUCACCAGUUUUAACAUGCAUGCAUUUUUGUUUGGUUUUUAUAGGUAGCUUUAAGAAAUCUUAUCACAUAUAUUGAUUCAUGUCACCACCUCCACAAUCAAGAUUCAUAAUGUUGCAUCAAUGCAAACUCCCUCAUGCUACUUUUUUAUAGUCACAGCCUCUCCUCAACCCUAACCCUUGGCAAUCAGAAAUCUUUUCAUCUUUAGUUUUGUCAUUAGUAGCAUGUUAUAAAAAUGGAAUCAUACAGCAUAUACCCUUUUGGUAUUGGCUAUUUCAACUAAAGCAAAUUAACCUGAAAUCCAUCCAAGUUGUUCUGUGUAUCAUUGUUUUAUUCUUAUUGGUGACUAAUAAUCUAUGAUACGAAUAUACCACUAUUUGUUUAUUCACCCACUGAAGGACAUUAGGGUUGUUCCCAGUUUUUCUUACUGUUACAAAUAAAAAUCCUAUGAACAUUUGUACACACA